UCAAGAGUUGGACACUCAACCGACUGAGCCACCCAGGUGCCCUGAAAUGCUCAUUUUUAUUCAAGUAUUAAUCACUUUUAAAGCCAUAUAACAUUUUCUGAAUUGCCAGAGCUAUUCUUCCUGAAGUUUUUGUUACUGACAUACAGGUUAUUUCCCAGAAUUCGUGUUUUAUACUGAAUUUAAUAAGUAGUGUCUUUUCCCUUAGGUCCUCCGAGUUCCCUAGCAAAGCACAAGCAAAAUCUAAAGAACUACCUUACCUUUGCAACCAUAUACCUGUAAGUGGAGGACUGCCUUACAGUACGAGGCAUUGCAAUCUUUUGGAAUUUUUCUCUGAUCAUUUGCCCUCUAAAUUAUAAAUGUUGUAAAGUGAUAGGAAAUUACCAGUAGGGAUUAUUACCUACGUUUCCCUUACCAGGUUAAUUAGAAACCUACCUGCCUUUUAUUGAAAUAUACUCAAAUUAUAAAAUACAUGUUGUAAGAUAGAUCUAAAAAUAAUUCCUACUCAGGUAGUAGUGAAGGGGAAAGUUCCUUUAAAGUUUUAAUAAGAAUCUUAGUAAAAGGUUAUGACUCACUUCAAAACUUUAAGAACUGGUUUUUAUUAUUAGAUUAUAGUCUGAACUAUCUAAGAUACUAUAAUACUGUCUUCCAGAGACUUCCUACUUCUCAAGCCCGUGCUCUCUGAUAUGUCCAUGUUAGUUAUGACCACAAAACUGUAAACUGAGCAUUUUGUGACCUCUUUGGGGGAAGAUGGGUGAUGACCUGAUAUGCUUUAUUACGUUCCACGAGUUUCAGAAAGGCAUGAGAAGUUUUAUUUCAGAACCAUACGUGGUAGCUAGCCUCCGAGAUCGUCCCCAAAGAUCCCUGCUUCUUGGUAUUCCCCUACAUGUAUUUUCCUCCCACAGCGUACCAGAGAUGGGCCUAUAGGACAUAGCUGAAGUGACUGUGUGUCACCUUCCAGAUUAUGCUACAUAAGACUAUGGCUAUCUUGGGCUUUCUCUCUCUUGGGAUACGUGGCGGGAAGCCCUGUCGUGAGCAGCCCUGUGGCCCCCGUGCCAAGGAACUGAAUGAAACCUGUAAACAACUGUGUGAGUGAGCUUGGAAAUGGAUCUGCCAGCCCAAGGCAAGUUCGGAGACUGCAGCCCCAGCCGACAGCCGAGAGACUGACGCUGAGCCAGAAGCACGAAGCUAAGGCACUCCCAGGUCCCUGACCCUCAGAAAUGGAAGAGUAACAGUUCAGUGCUUGCAAGCUGCAAAACUCGAUCAGUCUGCUCACCCAGGUUUGGAGGACACCGGGUUGGAGCCGGCGCCUGCCUAGCAGCAGUUGUCAGCCUCAAAUUCGCAAGGACACACAUGGGCGCAGGUGGGAACGCUGGUGGUGUCGUCGUCAGCGGCGGUGGUGGUGGGAACGUCGUCGGUGGCGACGGUGGCAGCAGUGCUUGCGGUGCCACUGCCGUAGCAGUGGGUGAUCAGGCGGCCCGCCUGCACACUCUGCGCCACGAUGUUGGUGCCGUGGCACGCCAACAAUAGCAAGUUUCGAGGCUGUACGCGGUAGGCGAAACGCAUGAAGGCCAUCGAGUACAAGAUAAGCGCCGUCGUCAUGCGGCCACUGAUGAUGUCGGGCGAUGCUCUCAUAUCCUUAACGGUGGCCAGCGGCAGGCCCCAGUUGAACACGGGACCCCAGAAGUGGGUGCUGGUCAGGUAGUCCCGGAACUCCUUGGUCUUCAUAUAGUUUCUCGCCCUCCGCCACAGUGCUGCCACCGACGCCAUGAUCGCCGAGCCGUGGGAGCGUCAACAGAGUAACAAUGCCCCGCCCCCACCAAUGACGUGGACACAGACCCUGCCCCACGCAGCGUUGGCCUAUGGCCUCGCGCCGUCGCAUGGCUGCGAUAAAGUGCUCGCGAUGCUGUCACACAUGCCUUUAACAGCGGGAGGUCUUAAGGGGGCCACGCCCCUGUGCCUUCAAGUGGCUGCCGUAAAGUAUGUCUGACAAGCACGUGACGCUCUCACAUAGCGUUUGCGACAUAGUCACGUCGUCAUCCCUAAGCCGGACCACCCGGAAGUGCACGGAGCGCGCCUGCGCCUGGGUGUGCGUGCCUCUGGCAAGGGUGAGACUGCAGCCUGGUCUUCACUGGACGCCAUUGUGGUGAGGCCGUUGUAAGACUCGCCGGGCUCCACGUGGCACCCAGGGAGCUUUCCCGCCUGCCGCCGCCUCAUCUGCUGCCGCCCGUUACGGUUCCCGCCACCGCCGAGAACAUGUUCCAGAAACCGAGAAGACAGGACCGCCCGAGCAGCCAGGACAAGAGGGAGAAGGAGUGGGAACGCGGCGCCACCGCCAUGGAGGAGGCCCCGAGCACCUCCCGCGGGGCGGCAGGCUUCCAGGAGGCCCCGGGCACGUCGUCACAGGGCAGCCGUGGGGCCGAGGCUUUCCCUGAGGUGUGGCCCAGGUCCCAGCAGCAGUUGGAGCUGAAGGUGGCCGAGCUGGUGCAGUUCUUGCUGAUUAAAGACCAGAAGAAGACCCCGAUCAGGCGCGCUGACAUCCGGAAGCACGUCCUCGGAGACUACAAGAACAUCUUCCAUGACCUCCUCAAAAUGGCUGCCGAGCGCCUCGAGUACGUCUUCGGGUACAAGCUGGUGGAACUGGAACCGAAAAGCAGAAGUUACAUCCUGAUCAACACUCUGGAACCAGUGGAGGAGGAUGCAGAGUUCAGAGGCGAUCAGGGCACGCCCACCACCGGCCUCCUGAUGAGUAUUCUAGGUCUUAUCUUUAUGAAGGGCAAUAGUGUCAAGGAAAGUGAGGUCUGGGACUUCCUGCGUCGCUUAGGGGUGUUCCCCACAAAGAUGCAUUCAGUUUUCGGAGACCCAAAGAAACUUAUUACCCAAGUAUUUGUGCGGCAGCGUUACCUAGAUUAUCUCCGGAUACCCCACACGGAUCCUGUAGAGUAUGAAUUCCAGUGGGGUCCCCGGACCAAGCUGGAAACCAGCAAGAUGAAAGUUCUUAAGUUUGUGGCCAAAGUCCAUAAUCAAGACCCCAAGGACUGGCCAGGGCAGUACCUUGAGGCUUUGGCAGAGGAGGAGGCGAGGGCCAGACCCGAGACCGAGACCGGUGGCCCUCCUUCCUCCUCUUAAAGUCUGCGAUUGAUUUGGGCUCCAGGGGAGUUGGUGUCGAAGGUGAAGAGGUAGAGGUGGGAGGGAGCCUAUUUCUGUAACGCUUAAAUGUGUGUGACUCUAGGGUGUGUUUGCAAACUUCUGUUCUCCUUUAAUAUUUUAAGUUAUUUGGUCCCAACUUCUCUCUCUUAAAAAAUAUUAGAAGAUUUUUAUUUUAACCUGUGUUAUUGUCUGUAUCUUUUGCAUAAAAAAAUUUGCUAGCCUUAUACAACUAGUUGGAAAACUUUGCACCAUGAUCUAGAACAGGUGUUAAAGAACACAUUGGUAAAUUGCUUUGGUGCCAAGAAAGUAAAAAGCAAAGUGGCUACUAUCUGGUUUCUUUACUACCCCAGUUUGUAAGUUAAAAUAAAAGCCUUUAUAAAUUAAAAAUAAAAAUGUGUAAUUGCUUAUACCGUUUUUACCUUAAGACAGCUAUUAUAUAUUUACAUAUCUUCUAUAUGUAUAAGCAUGAUGCAUCAUCUAAGCAAUGUGCAUACUGUAUUUUCUCUGAAUAACAAUUUCUUAUAUUCAUAAUUCCCAGCUCUGUGGCUGACUGUUUAGUUCCAUUUAAUUUGUUUUUUGGUUUUGUUUUGCUUUGCUGCUAUACUUGUAAUAAAUAAUGUAUCUUUGAAGCAGCUAAGCACUAUGCAUUUCCCACUCAUGAUCCAUGAGAUAAUAAUUUCAGGACUCAAAACCAGCAUCUUAAAAACAGUAUUUUUUCUUGCUACAAAUUAUUAAGGUAAAUAGCAUUUUGUAGAAGUUGCUUUACUUUUAUAUGAGUAUAUGCAUACUGUAUCAUCUAAAAUACAUUUCUCACUGGGUACAAAAAAGUAGAUAAAACUGUUAGUGAUUAACCAUGCCUGUUGGGAAUCAGACUACGUGGUCUUAGGUCCUGGCUUCAUAUAACUAACUAUAUGCACUUAGGCAGGUUAUUUCACUUGUAUACAGAUGUUUCCUCACUUGUAAACUGAAGUCAUGAUGCCCAUGUUAUGUGUAGUAAUGUGAUAAUUUGAUAUCGGAAGUAUAAAUAAAGUUCUUGGUACAAUGCC